AUGGAUCAAAAGCUUGAAAUUCUCAAUUACAUCAAUGAUGAACGCCUUGACCUGGAAGAGCUUGCUGAAACAGAGGGUACGCUGUACGAGACAAUUGCAGCUCUUCCAGACGGGGGUUUAUCUACUGUGAUUGAGAAUUAUCUUUCAGCGGUGGAAAGAACCGAAGACCUUCUUCAACAGUUAGACGAACUGGAGGACAAAGUGAUAAAUUGCCCAUGAUUUGUCAUUUUAACAACGGCUUCUUUAGGAGUCACCACACUCAAGAAAAGUUUUGACCAGUUAAAUCACUCAUGUUCUUGAAAUUUUGCCUUAAUGUUUGGACGUCUUGCCUGUAAAUGUUCACAAACACCGGCCGUGAUUUCCAAUUUCAGUUUUAGUUUACUUCAUUCAAAGGCUAUGGUUACACUUAGAAAAAAAGAGAUUGACUUGGCGCACCUCUAGACUCAAUUCCGUUAAAAUAGGAAAGCUCAACUCAGUCAGAGAAGGCAAAAAAGAGUUAAAUAUCAAAACCAAAGUUCUUGCAUGCAAUGUAAAGCCUAAAAUUAGAAAAUUCUCACGUACAGGUGCUGUAGGCAGAGAUGAUCGAUUGAUUGAUAACCUCUAGCUGCAUUAAAUUACCCGGAGAGGAAUGGCAAGGUAGUUAAGAAGGUGUGUUUUUCAUAAAAUGGUUAAAACUCGACUAAGAAAGUAGAAUAGCCAGCUGAACUAGCAUUGAAUUUAAUUAGUUGGAAAAAAUGUCCGUGCAACCGCAGCCACAAAUUGGGAUGUGUUUAAAAAAACAUUGCUAGCUUGUCAGUUACAAGCUGUCUAAUAAAAAGAUGAAUCAGAGGGAAAAUAUCCAAAGAAAAUAGCUAUUGAAAAGGGAAGAAAAAUCCAAAGUUAUUUUUAAAUCAUCAUGGAAUCCAACUAAAAAGUAUGCUCACUCGAAAUGUUCACGACAGAUCUUGCAUUUUACAAACAGAUUUUGUUUUCAUCAUCAGUUUCGACAGAGAAAUCUUGACUGAACGACCAUCUUUUACAAGUUUUUAGACUAACGGAAUCAUGUUUUUUCUUCUUGGCAUUCGAAGCCAUAUUUAACAACUGCUAUUAAGUCUGCCAGUGCUAUUAACUGAAACACCUUGUACUGUGAGUUUACAGUCGGUUUGCCUAUGCGUCGCUUUGCAAACAUCCUGUUCGCCAACUUAUGGAGCUCUAAAAGCGUUCAAAAAAGGGGUACUUUACCACGGGGAAAAUUGUAAUAGAGGACCAAGAAAUGACCGUCAAAUACUCAAGCCUGCAUUAUUAUUGGUCAAUAGGUGACCUUACAUGACGUAGCUUGCUGGGUCGUUUGGCGGUUGGUCAAUAGUUUGUCAGUUGUCAACCGUCGCUUUGUUGGUGCUGUUGUACUAUGCCAAAACGUUCUCCAGCAAAGAGAGAUUUUCGAGAUUAUGGGGAUAACGGAGGGAGGAACACAAAAAAGAGCGAAGAAGGUGUUUCUUCAUCAAGCAGCAAUGUGGAUGAAGAGUUGGUAAGACCUUUCUGUUUGUUUUGUGUUAUAGCACCACUUUCACGUAUUAGGGGUAAGCUCAUAUGAUUUCUAGUUCAACAUAACCUUACUUCCUCAGAUUUUCUGGAAUGAAAAAAGCUUUGAAUUCACGAGGAAGCUAACAUAUUUAUCAUACUACUGAGUUGAUCAUCAUUGAAAAGGGAGCAUGUUCUUUUUUUCUAUGAUCGAGGGCAAGCUACCAUGACAUAUGUCGAUUUCCGUUAACGGAAAUCAAAGACCAACCUUCAACUGUAGACCAUAACAAAUAAAAAUAAUGGCAGCACUCCUUCAUACUUUAUCUAUCAACAGUUCGCACUACAGCUGCCCCCGCUCUGUGUGUAUCGUGGUCGGUCAAUAGUCCUCGUUUGUGUAGCUCUUUAAAAAACAUAGAUUCAUAAUGGAUAUUUCCACACAUACUGCAUACAAUAGGUGAGAUAAGAAUACGAAACAAAAAGUUUCAUGCACUGAAUCAGUUCGAUUUUAAAGCAGGUCAGAUCAAACAAUUCUCAGUUUCGAGAAUAUUUUAUUCUAAAAUAUAAGCAAAGAUUUGAUUAGAAGUUGUAAUUCUUCACUAUUUCUCUUUCACUUUUAAUUUAAAAGGUUUGAUCACGUUGCUCUUGGGCGUUCUAGUCAUUUAACUUACAAGACAAUACAUUAAUGAGAAUUCAAUCAACAGAAUCGUUUCAUUAUGAUAAAAAGAUAUCUGUUGAAGAGCGGCAUUCACCAUUUCGCAAAGUUUAUGCCACAAUAUUGGGAGGGGGCAGACAGACAAGGUGUAUAAGGGAAUUCAAAAAUACGAAAUAUUUGUGGUUAUAAAAAUCUCACUUAAGAUCUGAUUAAAAAUUGCUGAAAGAGUUGAGUAAUUCAUAAGUUUAUAGGCAAGUAUUUCUAAGCAGAACCAUACAUUGAAAUACAAAUAUAGAAACCUUUAAAGUUUAGCUCUCUGGAUUUAACCUUAAAGUGGAAAUCAAAGUGUUCUAUUUUAAGAUGAUACAAAAUACCUUAUUUCCUUGAAUAAAAGCCACCCUCUAAUAACCACCUCCCUCAAAUAAGAAAUAUUUACUACUAAUAGUAAUAGUUGACACUAAAGCUCCACCGGCUCUGAAUAUUGUCUGUCAAUAGUAUUCUUGGUCUUUGUGUAGCUCUUUGAAAUAUACCAAUUCAUGAUCAAAGAUUUUCACACAUAUGAAAGGUUCCAUGUACUGUAAUAAUAGUACAUGUAUGUAGCCUACACAUUCACAUUACACCUGUAUGUAUUAUUUGAAUGCUUAACAAAAAUGUUUUUAUUUUUUAAGGUUUCGGGUGUCCUCACUGAGGAAUCUGAAGCACUAUAUCAUUUGGCUUUGAACCUAGAGAAGAAUGCCAUAAUUGUCCUUGACAAAAAUGCCACGAAAAUAUACAUGAGAGAUUUUAAUUUAAGACGAAAAGUACUCUGGAUGAGUAUUCUUUUUAAGGUGUUUGGAGGAGUCAGGCUGGGGUUUAACUAAAGUAAAUAACUGAAAGCCUAGGUUUAUUCUAAAGAACAACAAAAGCUAAAAAAAUAAAUAUAACUUGUUAACCAAAAGCCAUAAUAAUUGCCAUAGAAAUAAUGUUAUGGGAGUGAGUCUUAAAAACCAACAGGACCUUUGAGUCCUGUUCAUGCCCAUUCCCUCUGGAGAGGCCUGUGUCCAGAAAAGCUGGUAAAACUAAAACUAAAUACAGUGUACUACAUGUACACAAGAAAUGAGGGUUUAGUCACACUUUUGAACAGAAGACAGUUCCUUAGAUUUAGUUACACCCUCAGGAUUGAAAACAAUCAAAAUUGUUCAAAGCAGUGAAGUCAACUGGUGCACUGGUCCAGAGAAAGCAGCUCUACUGUAGAUCUACAUGUAUUAGGAACAAGUGUAAUAAUUACAGAGACCUCUUCUGUGCAAAGAACAUUUGAAGUGACUAUAUCCAAAGUUUGGAUUUCACUGUUAUUAAAAUGGAAAUGACUGUUUUAUUUAAGCCUGUGAGUGGGCUCUCUGUUUGGGGAAAGGAAAGGGAAAAGGGGAGAGCCUGUGCAUUAAGCUUUGGUACCAAUGUUCUACGGCACCCCCUUUGUAUCAGAUACUUGCAUGCUCCUAUUGACUAGAACACUGACUGUUGAGAGGUUUGUUCUAUAUAACCUUUUUGGUCAGCACAUAGCACAUGAUUUUAGUAGUCACUUGUAAACAGGUCUACUGAUUUUUAAAAUGCCAUCAUCUGGCACUUGACUGAUCACUGACCGUCAUGUUAGAAACUUGGUGAAAUGGCAGCUGACAUUUUUAUUUCCAAAAUUAUUUGCCUAUAAAAAAGUUAAGAUCACCUUUUUUGUUUCACAGGACACUCGCUUUGUGUAUAUAGAAAGAAAAGUGGUACACUUUAAAAUACCUGAGGAGGAGGAUCAAGAAGGAGAUGAGGAAUGCUGCCAAUGGAUCUAUGCUUGUUCUUGCAACUAA